AUGGAUGAAAGUGACUUUGAAAAGCUUAACGGGAAAGUCAAGUUGAGACGGACUUAUACAAAAGUAUUUCCAUACAAGAGUCAAUAUCCAAUCGAAACCCUAGGCGAAUUCCGGACAGACAUCAAAUGUAAAACGAAUAAUGGAAGAAAAUCGCUAUCGAAUAUAUUAAUUCAUGUCGUCAAGCGCAAUGGUAAUUUCGGUGAAUCGCUACUAAGUUUUCAGACAGCAGAAGAUUUGGGACUCGUACAAAUAAUUAAACAAGUCAUGGGACAGACCGCAACAGACAAGCUAGUAAGCGAAUACAAUGAUUUAUUCACAGGCCUAGGCAAAAUGACAGAUUUCCAAGUAAAGCUACACAUAGACGAGACUGUUCAGCCCGUAGCCCAACCGCAUCGUCGCAUUCCGUUUCAUAUUCGCAAAAAAGUCGAAAAGAAAAUUGCAGAAAUGGAAGCCGCCGACAUAAUCGAAAAGGUCGACGAAGCAACACCAACACCUGUGCAUCUAUUUUGGGUUUUGUGCAUUUUUCUGUUUUCUUAA